UAGCAGCCUUGGGCUUUCCAGGGCGGGGAAGCCACACCAUCUGCCCACCAUGGAGGCCUGCCUCCGCUCUCUCCUCCUCCUCUUCCUUCUCUUCUCCUCCUCCUUGUCGUCCGCGUUAGCUCUCUCAAGCGUCGAAGCUGCCCUGAUCGCCCGCCGCCAGCUCCUGGCAUUGUCCAAGAACGGCGACCUCCCCGACGAUUACGAGUUCGACGUCAAGGUCGACCUCAGCUUCCCCAACGCCCGCCUCCGCCGCGCCUACAUCGGCCUCCAGGCCUGGCGGCACGCCUUAUACUCCGACCCCUCCAACUUCACUGGCAACUGGGUCGGCGCCGACGUGUGCGGCUACCGUGGCGUGUUUUGCGCCCCGGCACUCGACGACCCGAAGCUCACCGUCGUCGCCGGCGUCGACCUGAACGGCGCCGACAUCGCUGGCUACCUUCCCGUCGAGCUCGGCCUCCUUACCGAGGUCGCGCUCUUCCAUAUCAAUUCCAACCGCUUCUGCGGCAUCAUCCCCAAGAGCUUCUCCCGGCUCGUGCUCCUCCACGAGCUCGACGUCAGCAACAACCGCUUCGUCGGGCCGUUUCCGAUGGUCGUCGUCGGCCUACCAUCUUUAAGGUACCUCGACCUCCGGUUCAAUGACUUCGAGGGCGCCCUCCCGCCGGAGCUCUUCGACAAGGGCCUCGACGCCAUCUUCCUCAACGACAACCGUUUCAGCUCUCCCAUCCCCGACAACUUCGGCAACUCCACGGCGUCGGUGGUGGUUCUGGCCAACAACAAGCUCGGCGGCUGCAUUCCCGGUAGCACCGGAAGGAUGGGAGCCACCCUGAACGAACUCGUACUGUUGAACAACGGGCUCGUCGGUUGCUUGCCGUCCGAGGUGGGGGAGUUGGGCAACGCGACGGUGUUGGAUGCGAGCUGGAACUCGCUCACCGGCGAUCUCCCGACGAGCUUUGCGGCGUUGAGCAAGGUGGAGGACCUGGACUUGUCGCAUAACGUCCUCACAGGAGUGGUACCGGAGAAGCUCUGUCGCUUGCCGAGCCUCACCAACUUCACGUUCUCCUUCAACUACUUCAAGGGCGAAGCCGCCGAGUGCGUGCCCUCGGCCGGGUCUGAUGUCGUUUUCGACGACAAGGGCAAUUGCCUUGAGAAGCGGCCCGGGCAGAAGUCGGCGAAGACCUGUUAUCGGGUGUUGAGUCGCCCUGUGGACUGCAGCAAAGAUAAAUGUGGGUCUUCUCCGAGCUCUUCCACUCCCUCUUCGGCGACACCGACAUCUCCGAAGUCUUCACCUAAGCCGGCUACGCCGUCUCCGAAACCUUCAACAAAGCCGGCGACGCCAACAUCUCCGAAGGCAUCACCUAACCCGGUGACACCGCCACCUCAGGAGCCAUCGCCUGCGCCGGUGGUAGCAACCCCUCCAAAAUCAUCACCGAAGCCUCCAACGCCCAGGCCACCGGCGAAGUCACCGCCGCCACCUCAGCAUUCCGAGUCGCCAGUGACACCGGUGCACUCACCGCCACCAGCUCCGCAUUCCGAGUCACCCGUGACACGAGUGCAUUCUCCUCCUCCACCUGUAAGCACACCACCGCCACAGGCAUUCGCCUCUCCGCCUCUUGCUCAGUCGCCAUCCCAACCAGAGCUCCGCUCUCCACCUCCACCAGUAGUAUUACCACCUCCACCGUUCUAUUCUCCACCUCCUCCAGUCAACUCACCACCACCUCCAGUUCAUUCAUCACAACCUCCACCCUACUCACCACCCCCACCAUCUGGAUCAUCAUCUCAACCCCCACCUUCAAUCAAUUCACCACCACCACCACCCGUAGCAUCAUCCCAAACAUCACGACCACCACCACCUCCCCAUUCCGAGUCACCCGUGACACGAGUGCAUUCUCCUCCACCACCACCUGUAAGCACACCCCCGCCUCAGUCAUUCGCCUCUCCGCCUCUUGCUCCGUCGCCAUCCCAACCAGAGCUCCGAUCUCCACCUCCACAAGUAGUAAUACCACCUCCACCGGUUUCUUCUCCACCUCCUACAGUCAACUCACCACCACCCCCACCGUCUGGAUCAUCAUCUCAACCACCACCUUCAAUCAAUUCACCACCACCACCACCCAUAGCGUCAUCUCAAUCAUCACCACCAGUGCACUCUCCUUCAUCCCCUGUAUACUCACCACCACCACCACCCACAGCAUCAUCCCCAUCACCAGCUCCGUCGGUAGCAUCACCUCCAGUGCCCGUGGCAUCAUCUCCACAACUACCCACAGCAUCAUCCCCAUCACCAGCUCCGUUGGUAGCACCACCUCCACCGCCCGUGGCAUCAUCUCCACCACCACCCACAGCAUCAUCCCCAUCACCGGCUCCGUCGGUAGCGCCACCUCCACAGCCCUUGGCAUCAUCUCCACCACCACCCACAGCAUCAUCCCCAUCACCAGCUCCGUCGGUAGCAUCACCUCCACAGCCCGUGGCAUCAUCUCCACCAACCCCCACAGCAUCAUCCCCAUCACCGGCUCCGUGGGUAGCAUCACCUCCACCGCCCGUGGCAUCAUCUCCACCACCACCCACAGCAUCAUCCCCGUCACCGGCUCCGUCGGUAGCAUCACCUCCACAGCCCGUGGCAUCAUCUCCACUACCACCCACAGCAUCAUCCCCAUCACCAGCUCCGUCGGUAGCAUCACUUCCACCGCCCGUGGCAUCAUCUCCACCACCACCCACAGCAUCAUCCCCGUCACCGGCUCCGUCGGUAGCAUCACCUCCACAGCCCGUGGCAUCAUCUCCACUACCACCCACAGCAUCAUCCCCAUCACCAGCUCCGUCGGUAGCAUCACCUCCACCGCCCGUGGCAUCAUCCCCACCACCACCUGUGUACUCACCACCGCCACCACCAGUGCAAACACCAUCACCACCGCCUACGGUGCAAACACCACCACCGCCCACAGCAUCAUCCCCAUCACCAUCUCCAUCGGCAGCAUCAACUCCACCGCCCGUGGCAUCAUCCCCAUCACCAUCCCCAACGGUAGUGUCAACUCCACCGCCCGUGGCAUCAUCCCCAUCACCAUCUCCAACGGUAGUAUCAACUCCACCGCCCGUGGCAUCAUCUCCACCACCGGACGUAGCAUCAACCCCACCACCGACAAUGCACUCUCCACCACCGCCGGUGGCAUCACCACCAGUGCAAACACCUCCACCACCCGUAGCAUCGCCACCGCCACCAGUGCAAACACCAGCAUCGGCCCCGGGAUCUUCAUCCCCUCCUCUUGUCUCCUCUCCGCCACCAUCGACUUCAUAUCCUCCGGUCGUCUCCCCUGCUUCACUUCCUGAGCCCGAGACGUUACCGCCGGUCGGCGGAUUGAGCUACGCAUCUCCACCUCCACCCAUCUACAAAGGCUAUUAAGCUCGAGUGGUCUCGUUCCCAUUUCGACCAUCCGUGCACUCGUUGGGGAAGAAAUCAUCUCGCUCAGGCUAAAGAGCAUACCUUAUUCCUUUUGGAUGCAUGCAAUCCAUCUUCUGCUCUGUAAUGGAUCUCCAAUUCUUCAUCUUUUAUGUAUCUUGAUGAUUAUAUGACAGUCUUUUCAUUGCAUUUUCA